AUUAUCCCAUGGUAAAAGAAAAAAACAUCCGGCGGCUAAUGUAUUGAAAAGUUUUGACAUGAUGAUUCGAUCUUUGUAAUGUAUUUUUCAUGUACAUGAUUUGUUGUGCUUCUAGAGAAGAGAGAGUGUGCGAGGAAGGGAGUGAGAGAUAAGCAAGAGGAUGUUUGCAUUCUAAAAAUAUCGUUAAUUUAUACAAAUUCGAUUUUAUAGUGAAAGAAAUAAUCGAUUUUAUCAGUGAUUGCAUUUCCUUGUUUAAUGGUUUAUUUGCUUGCAAAUGUAUUUGUAGACUAGCUUGCAUUGUUGUACAAUGGAUAAACCAGUGAAGUUGGCAAAAGUAACGAAGAUUCUUGGACGUACCGGUUCACAAGGGCAAUGUACACAGGUACUUGUUGACUUCAUCGAUGAUCCUUCAAAUCGCUCAAUUAUUCGUAACGUAAAGGGACCAGUUCGAGAGGGUGACAUUCUAACAUUACUGGAAGCAGAAAGGGAAGCCCGUCGACUUCGUUAACCCUGUUGUUAUAAUAGUUUCUGUUUUUACGAUGAAAUUUCUGGAAUAAAUAAUGCU